GAGAGAGAGAGAGAAGGGGGGCGGUGAAAGUGUCAAAAGAAGAGACAGAGAGAGACGAUAACUCAAAAUCAUUGAGAGUUUCUCUUCUUCUUCUUCUUUGUGUGGAGAUCACAAUCAAUCAAUCUCUUCUUCUUCUUCUUCUUCUUUUGUCUUUCUAUCAGAAUUUUUGCCACCACAUAUAUAACUCGUGAGUAAUUUAUAAAACCCUAAACCUAGCUAGCUCCUCAACUCCCUUUUUGGAUUCCUCCUCAUCUGCUGGUCUUCAUCAAGCAAAGCAAUGGCGUCCGGCAGCGGAGGAGAGACGGUGGAAAUCGGAUCGGACUCCACCAAAUUAGGAGGAGUGGGGAGCAGGAGCGCUGGAGGAGGAGGAGGAGGUCAAUACGUGAGGGCGGAUACUCUAGAUUUCAAAAAAUGGGAUUUGAAUAUGGGUGCUCAACCCUCCUCCUCCUCUGCUGCCGUGAAGUCAAGGAAGAGUCCGAUGCAGGAAUGGGAGAUCGACCUCUCCAAACUCGAUAUGAAUCACGUCCUCGCUCGCGGCACUUACGGCACUGUCUACCGCGGUGUCUACGCCGGUCAACAAGUCGCUGUAAAGGUGUUAGAUUGGGGAGAAGAUGGUGUCUCAACAGCAGAUGAUCUCCGCAUUUCCUUCGAACAAGAAGUCGCCGUCUGGCAGAAGCUCGAUCAUCCCAACGUUACCAAGUUUAUAGGAGCAUCCAUGGGAACCUCUGAUCUCAAGAUCCCUUCUUCUAGUGAUUCUCUUGGUCAUGCCAACUCUGCACACCCUGCCAAGGCCUGUUGUGUUGUCGUUGAGUAUGUUGCUGGUGGCACCCUCAAAAAGUUCCUCAUCAAGAAGUAUCGCACCAAACUCCCCAUCAAGGAUGUCAUUCAGCUCGCUUUGGAUCUCGCUAG